AUGGACAUCCCCCAUAAACUCCAUUUCCGGAACUCCUGCCGCCGCUUCCGGGCCAUCCGACUCCUCCGACUGCUCCGACUCCUCCACCCCAACCGCUGGCGCUUCCUGGCGCUGGCGCUCCGCAGGUUGUCCCCGGAAGGCCGCGGCACCGAGAUCGCGGGCACGCCGCCCUUCAUGGCCCCCGAGGUGUGGGCGGGGAACUUCAGCAAGAGCUGCGACAUUUGGUCCUGCGGCGUGAUGCUCUUCUUCAUGCUCUCGGGCACCUACCCCUUCAUGGCCAAGCGCAUCGAGGAGUUCCCGGCGGCGGUCGCCAAGGAGCCCGACUGGUCGCGCAUCGGCGGAGCGAGCUCUGAGGCUCAGCUGGUCUGCUUUGACAUGCUUUGUAAGCGUGAGGCAGACCGGCCCUCUGCACAGGAGCUGCUCUCGAACAACUGGUUCCGGCGACUGGGCAUAGGCGGGGUCAGCGGACAAGACAUCCAAAAGCUGGGCCGUGGGCUUCUGCAGGUGAAGGAGCGCACCUCCUUCGAGCGCUUCGUUGCCCGGCUGGUUGCAACCCAGAUGGACGCUGGUCAGCUGAAGCGCAUCAACGAGGCCUUCCGCACCUUCGACGUGGACAAGGACGGGUCCCUGUCCCGGGAGGAGCUGAUCCGGGGCCUCACCACGCUGGGGGCGGCCCCAGAAGACGUGCAGAAGGUGGUCGACGAGCUGGAUGUGGGCCGUACGGGCCGCAUCAGCUACACCGAAUUCCUGGCAGGGGUGACGAACCUGCGUCACCGAAGCCCACAGGAAAGGGACAAGCUGCUGCGCUUGGCAUGGCAGCAGUUUGGGCCGGACCAGCGAGGCAUGGUGAAAACCGGCGACAUCCAGGCGGCGCUGGCGGCCCGCGGCCUCACGGUGGCGGAGCUGCCCAAAGAGUUCCUCAAGGAGCUGCGCCGGGGCGCUUCCGGGGAGAUCUCCUUCGAGGCUUUCCGGAACCUCUUCGAAGCGGACGAGUCCUGCUGCGUGAUGAGCUCCCUAGUCGGUGGGCUGCCUCACUAG